AAAUUCUACUGCCCAAACAAAUUCAAAAAAAUGUUCCGUUGAUACGGAAACCCCAAAUUCCUUCCCUCUCUUUAUCUAGGGUUUUAAGUUUAACACUCUCUUUCAAGCAUAAACCCCUCCUAAAUCAUCAGUUCCAAUUUCCUAAUUUGAAUUCUCACACGCAAUUCCCGGAAUUUUACGUUUAAUGUGUACAUUGGCCUGCAAAUUCCCGCCACUAUGAACUCUCAGAAACAAAAUCAGGAUUCCAUGUUGAGAGAAUCGAUCAAGCACUUCUUAACUUCAUACCACACCGGCAGCUCGGAUUUCUCCUCUUUCGAGUCCAUUUUCUUCCGUUUGAUCCAGACAAUGCUCGACCCCCCACUCGAAAUCACUUGGUUCUACGCCGCAGUCACAUUUCACACCGCGAAGCGGAACAGUCCCUCCUCUAGGGUGCUGAUAGCUAAGGAUUUGUUGAGAUUAUUCAUUCGGUGCUCUAAUUUGAGUAGCGCGUCGAAGAAGAUUGCGCUGUUGGCCCCUGUUGUAUAUGAUUUGUACAGUAUUGUGUGUGAUACUAGGGCGAUCGAGCCGCACGAGAGGAUUGAGGUUGGGAAAUUGGUGGAGAAUUUGGUUUCCCACGUGAUGGUAUCUGCUGGGGUUUACAAUUACGGGAGUGAGGAUGCAGAGUGUGAUAAUGCUGUAGUGUGUUUCGAGGAUUUGGUCUGUGUUUGGACUACUGAUCGAGGUGGGGGGAGUUGCAACUUUGGCGAAACUUUGAGGAUGUUCUUCCCUCUUUUGAGUGACGGAACUUGGAAGAGGAUGAAUGCUGGUUGUGGGAUGCGGGAGCUCGUGGGGAUCGUUCUGUUGGAAGUGUUCUUUCUAAGGCUUUACAUGAGUUUUAGUUCCGGGGUGUGUAGAGAGGAUAUCCUGAAGAAUACACGAGACCAAGCUGUUCAAACAAUCAAGGGGUUCCGGAACAUCUACUUUUUAGUCUUGAAUCUGAUGGAUUAUCAAAGCCGAGGGACAGCUCGUGAUGAUUUACUCAAACGUUCAAUUCACAAUUUCUUAGUUGAGUGUCCCAAAAUGGUAUCAAAUCUCUCUGGUUUGGUAUCACUGUAUCGUGGAUUGAUUGAGAAGUUAAAGGAUCCGCCUCUUGAUAUUGUGUUAUUUUAUGGUGCUGUUGUAUUUCACGCCUAUAAAUCAAGCAGUCUGCCGCCCCCAGGGAUAUUAUUGGUUGCUGAGGACUUGCUUGAACUAGUAAAUGAAUCCUCAAGUUUAUUCACCGCAUUAAGGAAGGUUGCUGUGAUUGCUCCUAUUGCUUAUCUUCUGUAUCACCUAGAGCUUAAUUUUUCGGCCAGGGAUCCAUCCCUCAGAGAAGAGAUUGGGAUUACUGUAGAGGGAAUGGUAAAUUACAUUAGCAUUUGUUGUUCUCAGUAUACAGAAGAAGGAGGUCAGGAGUCAGAAUAUUUAGGGGGUUAUAUAAUGGAUUUAGUAAGGGUAUGGAUGGUGGAUCCAGCCAGGGAUUGUGACAAAAUCAACAGUUGGGAAUUUUUCUUUCCUACUUUGGAUAAUGAUUCUCAACCGGAAGUUGCUGUCUACUUGGGUUACCUCGCUGGGGUUGUCAUGAAUGAGACUCUAUUGUUGAGGUUGCUUCUGAAAAUCUCUCCUGCAAUUGAUAGAGAAGACUUGCAGAAAAAUAUGCUGAAUGUGGCUAUUCAGACAAUAAAGGGGUUUCAGAAUUUCUAUUUUCUAGAUAUGCUCCUCAAGAUGCUAUCAGGACCCACCUUGCCUAUUGUAGCCUCAAUGAGCAAUGUAGAUGGAGUUCUUCUACAUAAAGUGUUAUAUGAUGCUGUUAUUUUGGUCGACUAUUCAUUUCAUUCCGGGAGGUGGGUCCAGUCAUCUGUCAGUCAAUUGAAGAAGUUGGCACUAGCAUGGGUGUUGGCUGCUGACCGCGCCAUUGAGUUUGCUAGGGCUGCAGGAGAUCAACCUCGGGCCAUUUCUUACCUUAAUGCUUUCAAAGAAUGUCAAUUGGUGGCUGAGUUAAUAAAGUGGGUCUGUAAUCAAGCUAGAAUUUUUUACUUUAAUACCAUACCCGACGUCACCAAUCCCAGAGCUCUAAUCCAGUGGCUAUUGGUCCUUAAUGCUCAGGGGAUUGAUAUAUUUGAUCAUAGCAUGGCAAAGCUCUAUGCAAAGGCAGUGGAGAGUGGGCCACCUGAACUCACACUCCGUACAGGUAAUCUCAAUGUGCCUAUCAUUGAUCUCCACACGAGUGGUGAAAGUGAGGACAGAGAAAUGGGCAAUGAGCCUGACAACGGUGCUCUAGGGGGGCUUUGCCUGGCAAGCGCGAAAAAGGGCAGUGGCAGAAAGCGCAAAGAGGCUCUGAGUGGUUCACGCAAACAACAGGUGAAGCAGGUCAAGCUCGAUCAUCUUGGAAGUGCUGUUAGGAACAAUUUCUUAUCUUUAUCCGGUGGUGGUGGACCAGAUAGCGGCGGCGUCUUGGUUGAGAACAUUGCCUCCGAUGAUGACAUGGACCUCGCAGGAUGAGUUUCCGUGCAGGAUGGUGGAUUUGGCCUUGUUCGUUGCAAUCCAAGUGUCGGCCUCUUCUUUCUCAGGUGAUGUGAAAAUACAGUCAUUGCAAUGACAAGGACCAUGCCUAUAUUACUUUGUGUACUUCAAAAAACACAUGAAACUUGACAUGAUGCUAUGCCAUAUGAAACCUGCUUAAUUUCUCUUGCACUUUGUGGGAUUUCAUGUUUUGCUCUAUCUAUGUUGAGUUUUAUCAUUUUUAUUUUCUA